ACUCAUAUGUUUCUUAUUCACAUUUUUUUUUUUCUAAAACUUGGUUAUUCAAAGCCUACUAAACUCCAACUAAUCCGAAUUCAGUCGAGUUAAAUCUCAAUUAGGAAAAAAGCUUUCCCAACAAAUAUUAGGACAUUCUCAAAUCUCAAAGCCUAAAUCUUACUUAAGUUAGAAUAAGUCUCUUACCCGCUGAUCUAAACACUAUUCUACGGCUUCGAGUAUUUUAUAGGGAGAGUGUGCAUAUUAGGGCCAAGGAUGCAUACUCUUUAACGAAAUUUUGAAAGAAAGAAAUAACCUCCUUUAUCUCUAUACUCUACACCAGGAGCUAAAUUGAGUCUCCUGCUCAUUCAUCAAACUUCUACUGGCGCCAAGGAUAACUGCCAAACUAUAACAGAAUUGAUGAGUGCAGCCCAUCGAGCUAUUUUCAAGGAGGUUGUAAAGCUCACCCAAGAACAAAACCUUCAAAAGGGUAAAUUGAUUCAUGCAAAAAUCAUCAAAUCAAAUUCUUUUUCCAAUGUAUACUUAGCUAAUAGCAUUGUUAAUUUGUAUGCAAAAUGUGGCCAAUUACCCAAUGCUAAGCUUGCUUUUGAGGAAAUUCCCAGUAAAGAUGAUGUUUCUUGGAGCUCAAUUAUUAAUGCCCAUGCCCAAUUUGGUGGCAAUAAUUCAUCUUUCUAUGUUUUUGAUUUGUUUCGUCGAAUGCGGGCUGAGAAUUGUCUCCCCAAUGGUUAUUCUUUUGCUGGGAUUUUUAGUGCAGUGUCAAAUUUAGGUGAUAUCUGGGCUGGAAAACAGGUGCAUUCCUUGGUGAUUAAAACGGAUUAUGGUGGAGAUGUGGUUGUUGGAAGCGCGAUCCUUAACAUGUAUUGUAAAUCGGGUUUUAUGGAUGAUGCACGCCAGAUGUUUGAUGAAAUGCCUGAGAGGAACUCUGUGUCAUGGGCGACUAUGAUAUCUGGGUAUUCUGCGAGUGGUAUGGCUGGAGAGGCUGUGGGGGUUUUUAAAUUGAUAGUGAAGGAUGAAGAGGAGCGAGGGAGUCCCUUUUUCUUGACUAGCGUGCUUAGUGCAUUGGCUAUUCCAGAGUUGGUUGAUGUUGGAAGGGAGGUUCAUUGCUUUGCUGUUAAGGUUGGGGUGAUACGGACUGUGGAAGUUAGGAAUGCUCUUGUUACUAUGUACUUGAAAUGUGGGAGUGCGGACUAUGCUCUCCAGAUGUUUGCGUUGUCUACUGAUAAGAGUCCUAUUAUGUGGUCUGCGAUGGUUACUGGCUUUGCGCAGAGUGGACACUCUAAGAAAGCUCUGGAGUUGUUUUCCAAAAUGCAUUAUUCUGGGGUUAGGCCUAGUGAAUAUACUUUCGUUGGGGUGAUUAAUGCGUGUUGUGACAAUGGUGCCAUUGAGGAAGGAAGGCAAAUCCACUCUUAUUCAGUUAAAAUGGGAUUUGAGGAUCAAAUUUAUAUUAUUACUGCACUGGUAGAUAUGUAUGCGAAAUGCGGUAGCAUUGCUGAUGCUAGGAAAGGUUUUGAUUGUUUGCAGGAGCCAGAUGUUGUUUUGUGGACGUCAAUGAUAGGAGGUUAUAUACAGCAUGGAGAUAAUGAAGAAGCAUUGAGUUUGUAUGGAAGGAUGGAAGCGGAGGGAAUUUUACCUAAUGACCUAACAAUUGCUAGUGUAUUGAAAGGCUGUUCCAGCCUUGCUGCUUUGGAGCAAGGAAAACAAGUCCAUGCCCGUGCCAUAAAGUAUGGACUUGCUGGAGAGAUGACUAUUGGAAGUUCUCUUUCAUCCAUGUAUGCUAAGUGUGGGUGCAUUGGCGAAGGCAACAUGAUAUUUUGGAGGAUGACCACAAGAGAUAUAGUUUCGUGGAACGCUAUGAUAUCUGGUCUUGCUCAGAAUGGGUGCAGUGACAAAGCUUUAGAGCUAUUCGAGGAGAUGAGAUUAGAAGGUGUAAAGCCGGAUAAUGUUACUUUUGUUAAUAUUCUUUCUGCUUGUAGCCAUAUGGGAUUGGUUGAAAGAGCCUGGGGAUACUUCAAGAUGCUUUCCAGUGAAUAUGGCCUACAACUGGGAUUAGAGCAUUAUGCAUGCAUGGUUGAUGUGUAUAGCCGUGCUGGGAGGCUAACUGAAGCCAAGGAAUUCAUUGAAUCAGCAACUUUGGAUCAUGGGAUGUGUUUGUGGCGAAUAUUAUUAAGUGCAUGUCGAAAUCACGGUCAUUAUGAGUUAGGAGCCUAUGCAGGGGAGAAACUAAUGGAGCUAGGCUCACAAGAAUCAUCAGCUUAUGUCUUAUUGUCGAGAAUUUAUACUGCACUAGGAAGAUCAGAUGACGUGGGACGAGUCAUGAGGCUUAUGAAGCUUAGAAGGGUGGGCAAGGAGCCUGGGUGUAGUUGGAUUGAACUGAAGAGUCUUGUUCAUGUGUUUGUUGUUGGAGAUCAGAAGCAUCCUGAGAUAGCAGAUAUAUGUAGCUGGUUAAGAAUUUUAACUAAACAAAUGAUUGAUGAAGGUUACCGACCUGCUUAUGAUCCAUUUUUGACGACCUCAAUUUAACUAUGGGAAGAUCGGGUUGAAUUCAGACUUGAUCUCUGAGCCACCAUGUACAUGGUCGGUGAUACCUCUGGUUGGGAUAUCAGUACUGAUCUUGAUUCAUGGGUGACGGGCAAGAGAUUCGUUGUUGGAGAUGUUCUUGCAUUUCAAUUCUCAUCAUCAUCAGUAUGUGAGCUG